CCCCGGCCUGGUGUAGACCAUGCCGCCACUGGCGGCCGUGACUGACGAGGAAACGGUAGCCUAGGACAGUUGGCUGUUAAGUGACACUGAUUCUCCCCGCCCCGACUGAGCCGAGAUAGAGGCACGUCCCCCGCCGCGUGAGGGGGUGGGGAAGUGGGUAGUGAAUUUGGAUCCACCUGGGAGGGGGGAGUGGAAGUUCCCGCCCCAGACAGCAACGAGGCGGCAGCCACAGUUGAUUAUGGAAGAUUCUCACAAGUGUAACACUUCAGAGACAGCACCUCAACCUGGUUCAACAGUUCAGGGAACUCAUAUUUCUCAUAUUGCUCAACAGAUGUCAUUAAGAGGAUCUGCGCCAGUGACAAUUGUACCUCUUCCUGGAGAGCAAGUACAGGUUCAGGGGGUCAUCCAGACAGCUCAGUCUUCUGUAAUUCACCCACCACACAUGCAAACGGUAUCAUCUUUAUCAGAAAGUGAGGAGUCACAGGACUCAUCUGACAGCAUAGGCUCCUCACAGAAAGCCCACGGGAUCCUAGCACGGCGCCCGUCUUAUAGAAAAAUUUUGAAAGACCUAUCUUCUGAAGACACACGGGGCAGAAAAGGAGACGGAGAAAACCCUGGAGUUUCUGCUGUCACUUCUAUGUCUGUUCCGACUCCCAUCUAUCAGACUAGCAGUGGACAGUACAUUGCCAUCGCUCCAAAUGGAGCCUUACAGUUGGCCAGUCCAGGCACAGAUGGAGUACAAGGACUUCAGACAUUAACCAUGACAAAUUCUGGCAGUACUCAGCAAGGUACGACAAUUCUCCAGUAUGCACAGACCUCUGAUGGACAACAAAUACUUGUGCCCAGCAACCAGGUGGUUGUACAGACUGCAUCAGGAGAUAUGCAGACAUAUCAGAUCCGCACCACACCUUCAGCUACUUCACUGCCACAGACUGUAGUGAUGACAUCCCCUGUGACUCUUACGUCUCAGACAACUAAGACAGAUGAUCCCCAACUGAAAAGAGAAAUAAGGUUGAUGAAAAACAGAGAAGCUGCUCGAGAAUGUCGCAGAAAGAAGAAAGAAUAUGUGAAAUGCCUGGAAAAUCGAGUUGCAGUCCUGGAAAAUCAAAAUAAAACUCUAAUAGAGGAGUUAAAAACUUUGAAGGAUCUUUAUUCCAAUAAAAGUGUUUGAUUCUUAAGAAAGAAAAUAUUUUUCUGGACUUGCCUAAAAAUUAGAUGGAUUUCUUUUUAGUGGAGUUUUAUAAAUUAAAAGGUCAAAAGUGAAGCUUUUUAUUUAGGCUUUUGCAACUCAAAUAUCUUAUGCAAGAGAUCUGGUGACAGUGGAUAAAGUAGAAAAUGACCUCAAGGAAGCUACUGGCACAACUGGAAGCUGUAUAAAAAUUAAACAUACUCAAGAAACAAGAAAAGAACUUUCAGCAAUUUGAAUUUUUAAAAAUAAAUCAGUUUACCCUAUAGGUUCGCAUUUCUUACUGUUUCCUGAAAUUUACCUUUUUCAGUUUUAUGUGUGUGUAUUUUAUUUCUGCCAAUAAAUUCUAAAUUACAAAUGUAAAAGAAAACCUAAUACAUUACUAAAUAUAUAAAUUAUGUGUUCUGAUUAUGUAUACUUGUUUUACUGUCAGGUCUUUUGAAUGGAUUUUUUAAAGUUUGUUUGUUGGACUUGAGAGGGUUUUUGAGACUGGGUUAACUAUUUUUGAGGUCUUGCCCUAAAAGGCAUCUAAGAUACAUGAAUGGAGUGGUGAUUUUGUAACAUUUUUUUUAUCAGAAUGGAAGGAGAACUGUUUAAAAGUUUGAUACUUUUAACUAGUUUUGUUUUUUGCUUACUCUGGUAAUGGUGAUUUUCUACAAAUAUAUAAUAAAUUGGUUUUUUGAUUCUAUAUUCUGUAUGCAGUUGAAUAUCCAUUACUUAUUCUGUUGUGCUUUAAUAGAAUGGAAUGUUUACAGGCCCUUAAAAUAUUAUUUUUAAAAAACUUUCUGAAGAUGCAUACCAAAGUUUUCCAAGAGGAUUUUAUAAUCAAUUUAAUGUAAAGUUUAUCAGAUUCUAAAAUAGUAGUUAUUAAGGCAAUUUUAUGUUAGAGACUAUUUUGUAAUGUAGUGAAUGGUAACUUUAUAAGAAAAGUGACUG